UGAACUAAAGUAAAAGCCAAGGUGCUUCCGGUUAAUGGACGAGGGAAAUACGUUUCAAAACAGCACAAAUGUAGUCGUCGUUAUUUAACAAGUUACGUUGAAUUUGGUAUCUUCGAUUUUAUUGUAAAGCUGUUAACAUACGCACAAGACUCUUAGAAAUCGAUAAGAACCGAAUUAUUCUGUUCGGCUGAGUAGAUAUUGUGUCGUCCAACAUGUGAAUCCAGAAAUUCGUCUGCUUCAACAACACAUCUGAAAAGAAACUAUGUAGGCUUUGUUUCAUUUUCUAUUUUAAAUCGACAAGAUCCUCAAAAUGGAAUAACUCGACUUUAUAACCAUGUCUUCGUUUGUUGAGCCCGAUGACGACCCUUCAUUACACAGAUUGGAGGGGUCAACGGGGAGGGAAAAGGGCGGACUAAUUAUUAAGAAGAAAUCGAAUCAUGAAUUCACCAAACCAAAACAAGUAGCGAGCCCAAGAGUAUCUCUGUUAGGUUUGGACAGAUUAGCAGCUGCCAAACGUCUAGGAGAUUCAUCAGAUGAUGAUUCGAGGAAAAAAUCUAGAAUAAUGUCUUACCAAGAUUAUGAUGACAGUGACAGCGAUGAAGAUCUUGAUGAAAACAAGGACGGGUCUAGAUCUAGAAAAGAUCAUCAUAAAGGACAUAAAGACAGAAAUUACCGUCAAUCUAAAAUUGAAACACCAUCCCAUCCAGGAGGUGUGAGCAGGGAGGCAAGAGAUAGACAAAAACAACGACAUAGAGACAGAGGAGUUUAUGCCUCUAGUUCUUCUAAAGACAAAGACAGAAGGGAACGUAGGGAAGACAGACACAGCAGAGACAAAGAUCGUCAUAGACAUAGAGACAAAGAUAGGAGACAAAGGAGAGAUGACAGAAGUGAGAGAGGGGACAGGAGUCGUCGGAGUGACAGGGAUUCAGAUAGAAGUCGUCGUAGUUACAGAGAAUGGGACGAAACUCCAGACAGAUUCAGGGAUGCGCCUCCUACUCCUGACUUGGGUGUUAAAGAUACUCCCUCCGAGUAUGGUUGGGAUGACGAUGAUGUUACACCCCUAAAGCGAUCCUCUUGGGACCUUCCCACACCCAGAGUUAACAGUGGUAAUGAUGGUGACAGCAGCGUGAGAAGUCAUCGCUCAUCCUAUGAUAAAAGAAGUAAGCGAGGUCCUAAAGAAACUCCUCUACCAACCCCGAGUUACAAGUACAAUGAAUGGAUGGAGGGCAAGAAGAAGAUACAGUAUACUCCAAGGGAUGCUGGAAGUAGGCGAGAUAACCGACAGGACCUUGAAUUCGAGUCGGAAGAAGCAAGGUUAGAUUGGGAACAAGAACAGAAGAGACUUGACCGAGAGUGGUAUAGUAUGGAUGAAGGCUACGAUGAUAACCACAACCCAUUCUCGGACACGUCUGACGAGUACACUCGCAAGAAGGAAGAGGAGAUGGAAAAGAAGAAGAAAAAGCGAAUGACUGCCAGACAGAGACAGAUCAAUAAGGAUAUCGAACUCUGGGAAACAAACAGAAUGCUCAGAAGUGGAGUUGUUACAAAGACUGACUAUGAUGAAGAUUUUGACGAUGAAAACGAGGCGAAAGUGCAUCUUCUAGUCCAUAAUAUUGUGCCUCCAUUUCUCGAUGGACGUAUUGUUUUCACCAAACAACCAGAGCCGGUUGUUCCUGUUAAGGAUCCAACAUCAGAUUUGGCUCAGGUGGCCAGGAAGGGAAGCUUGGUUGUGAGAAAAUUCAGAGAACAAAAGGAGAAGCGGAAAGCUCAGCAGAAACACUGGGAAGUAGCCGGCACCAGGAUUGGAGAUAUUAUGGGGAUAAAGAAGAAAGAGGAAGAGGAAGACAAGUUGGAUGAAAAGGGAGAAAUUGAUUAUAAAGCUGACCACAAGUUUGCAGAUCUUUUACAAGACAAAACCGAAGCAGUCAGUGAUUUUGCCAAGGCCAAGACACUGUCUGAGCAAAGGAAAUACCUACCCAUAUAUGCAGUACGAAAUGAGUUGUUGAAUGUGAUUCGGGACAACAGUAUAAUCAUCAUUGUCGGAGAAACAGGAUCUGGAAAGACAACCCAGCUUACUCAGUACCUUCAUGAGGAUGGCUACACCAACUAUGGUUUGGUUGGCUGCACACAGCCGCGUAGAGUAGCUGCUAUGUCAGUAGCCAAGCGUGUCUCCGAGGAGAUGAAGUCCAAGCUUGGUGAUGAUGUUGGGUACGCUAUACGAUUUGAGGACUGCACUACGGAAAAAACCAUUAUAAAGUACAUGACAGACGGUAUCCUACUGAGGGAAUCACUACGAGAAUCUGAUCUAGACCAUUACAGUGCCAUUAUCAUGGACGAAGCUCACGAGAGAUCACUCAGUACUGAUGUCCUGUUUGGUUUGUUACGAGAGGUCAUUUCCAGACGCCAUGAUUUGAAGUUAAUUGUCACCUCAGCCACAAUGAAUGCAAGCAAGUUUGCAAGUUUCUUUGGCAAUGUGCCAGUUUUUGAGAUUCCUGGCAGGACCUUUCCUGUGGAACUUUUCUUCAGUAAGAACACAGUGGAGGAUUACGUAGAUUCAGCCGUAAAACAGGCACUGCAGGUCCACCUCCAGGGUAUGGAUGGAGAUAUACUGAUCUUCAUGCCUGGACAAGAGGACAUUGAAGUAACAUGUGAAUUAAUUACAGAGCGUCUUGGUGAGCUGGACGAUGCUCCUCCACUGGCCAUCCUACCAAUUUAUUCCCAACUCCCUAGUGACCUUCAGGCCAAGAUAUUCCAGAAGGCCCCAGAUGGUGUCAGAAAAUGUGUGGUCGCCACAAAUAUAGCAGAGACUUCCCUCACAGUUGACGGUAUCAUGUUUGUGGUGGACGCUGGAUAUUGUAAACUGAAGGUUUUCAACCCUAAGAUUGGUAUGGACGCUCUGUCCAUCUACCCCAUCAGUCAGGCUAAUGCUAACCAGAGAUCAGGCAGAGCUGGAAGAACAGGCCCAGGCCACUGCUACCGUCUGUACACCCAGAGACAGUAUAAGAAUGAGAUGUUGACCUCAACAGUGCCUGAGAUCCAGAGAACAAACCUGGCUAAUGUUGUCCUUCUCCUCAAGUCCCUGGGAGUACAAAACCUGCUUCAGUUCCACUUCAUGGAUCCUCCUCCCCAGGACAAUAUUCUGAACUCCAUGUACCAGUUAUGGAUCCUUGGUGCUCUAGACAACACUGGUUCCCUGACACCCCUUGGCCGACAAAUGGUGGAGUUUCCCCUCGACCCAGCCCUUUCAAAGAUGUUGAUUAUCUCCCUUGAAAUGUGCUGCAGUGCUGAAAUUUUGAUCAUCGUGUCCAUGUUAUCAGUUCCUGCAAUAUUCUACCGCCCCAAAGGCCGAGAAGAGGACUCGGAUGCUGCUAGGGAGAAGUUCCAGGUCCCGGAGUCUGACCAUCUCACUUUCCUCAAUGUUUAUGAACAGUGGAAACGAAAUGCAUAUUCAGCCAGCUGGUGUAAUGAGCACUUCAUCCAUAUCAAAGCCAUGAGAAAGGUACGUGAGGUACGUCAGCAGUUGAAGGAGAUCAUGGACCAGCAGAAAAUGGAGCUUAUCUCAACCGGCAAUGAAUGGGACAUCGUGAGGAAGUGUAUAUGUUCCUCCUACUUCCAUCAGGCUGCCCGCCUCAAGGGUAUAGGAGAGUAUGUAAAUGUGAGAACAGGAAUGCCGUGCCACCUCCAUCCGACCAGUGCCCUGUUUGGGAUGGGGUACACUCCAGACUAUAUUGUGUAUCACGAACUCGUCAUGACCUCCAAGGAGUACAUGCAGUGUGUAACGUCUGUGGAUGGCCAGUGGUUAGCCGAGCUUGGACCCAUGUUCUAUAGCAUCAAAGAUCCAUCAAAAACCAGACAUGAAAGGAAGAAGGUGGCAGUAGAAGAAAUGAAUGCUAUGGAGGAGGAAAUGAGACGUGCAGAGGAAUUGAUCCGUGCUCGAAAGGAACACCAAGACGCAAAAAACCUCACUGGCAAAGGAAACAACAUCGCCACGCCUGGCCUGAGAGACCCCGCCACGCCUGCCUAUACACCUCGACGGACUCCCGCCAAGUUUGGCAUUUGAUCUACACAUAUCCAAACCUGUGUUUCAUUGAAAAUAUCAUCUAGGAAUACGAUUGGAGGAUAGACUGUACAUAUGUGCAAUUAACAACUGACCACAACCCAUAACACAUUGUGUAUCGACUGUUUACGCUUGUGUAUAAAUAAUGAUGAGGUCUGUUUGCAUGCAAAUUUAUGCAAAAAGGGUGAUUGCGCAUGGUCAAAAACAAGAAAAUGUGUCCUUUUAAUGAUCAGUCUUAGAAUAUAAGCUUACUUCAAAAGGUCGUGUAAUUUGGUUUUGAUUCACCAGGGGACUACAUAUCUGUGAUUAUGACAGCUAUCGUUCAAAUAAGAAAUAAAAAUUCAACCAGUGUUAUUUUUAAGAAAAUUGUGUUCUCUGGAAACCUGUGAAUGUUGGCAGGUCAGGCCGCUAAAGCAGAGCAACCAUUCAUUACUUCAUUCCCUCUACUACCACUGUGAUGUAGAGACUGCUGUCUCAUUUCAAUUUACAGACAUCUACAGGGUUCAUGUUAUCGAAAUUAUCAUUAAUUUUAGAUAAAACAUUCAAGAUACAUCUAGACAUAAUAACUUUCAUCAUUUGUGAGCCUGUGGAGAGAAGUAUUGGCUGGUCCAAUUGAGGUCAGAAUUAAUCCACAGGAACAUGUCGUCCUGAUUUUAUAUAAACAUAUAACUUUUAGAUUAUUUACAUUCGGUAGACAUUUUUCUUAUUCAUGGAAAAUAAUUGUGUUUAGUUUUUAUUAACCCUUUCAACCCUAAGAAACAUUAGUGGACUCUGCCAUUCAUUCAUAAUAUGAAGUCUAAUAUGGUCAGUAGGGGUGAAAGGGUUAAGUCUCGCACUAUAAAAUUCAAUGUAUGUCUAUAAUAAUGUUGCGUCAGUGUGACUCAAAACAGGUGGAGAGGGAGAAUAAACAAUAAAAGUCGAUUUUUAA